AUGGUUGCCAUCACAAUUCGUAACAUGGUUGCCAUCAAACUUUAUAUUAUGGUUGCCAACAAACUGCUUAUUAUGGUUGUCAUCAAACUUCAUAGUAUGGUUGCCAUCAAACAUAAUUAUGGUUGCCUUCAACUUUAUAUUACGGAUGUCAUCAAACUUAAUAGUAUGGUUGCCAUCACAGUUCGUAACAUGGUUGCCAUCAAACUUUAUAUUAUGGUUGCCAACAAACUGCUUAUUAUGGUUGUCAUCAAACUUCAUAUUAUGGUUGGCUGGCAUCAAACUACAUAUCAUGGUUGUCAUCAACAUUUAUAGUAUGAUUGUCAUCAAUCUUCAUAGUAUGGUUGCCAUCACAAUUUUAUAGUAUGGUUGUUAUCAAACUUCAUAUUAUAGUUGUCAUCAUAUUAUGGUUGUGAUCAAAAUGUCAUAGUAUGGUUGUCAUUAAACAUCAUAGCAAGGUUGCCAUGAAACUUUAUAUUAUGGUUAUCAUCAAACUUCAAAGUAGAGUUGCCAUCAAACUUCAUAUUAUUGUUGUAAUCAAAAGUUUAUAGUAUUGUUACCAUCGAACUUCAUAGUCACAAUUAGAAAAUUUCAACUUUCCCAUGCAUGUCACGUAAUUUCAAGUGAGAACCAAAGUUAAAAUAUACAACAUGCCGCUUGAAUAAACCCUAAAAUAUUGCCUUACACACACAUUUACGCAGCUGUAUUACAUCAAUAUUACUAGAUUGAUUCUCACGAAGUUAGGUCACUAGGUUGUGGUGGGUCUUUAAUACAUCAAGUAUUGUCGUACUGCUAUAUUGAUUCAAUAAUAUAUUAUGGUCUUGGCCUUGUACACUGUACUGUCAGUUUGUCAUGGAAAUACAAAGAAAUACAGUUAUUUUGUGGCGCGUCUUUAAAUAAAACAUUCCGACAAAGUCGCAAUACAAUUGGGCCAGAGUAGUGAUCUCUGGUGUGUUCAAAGCAAACUUAUCAACGUUGGACGACAACAGCGGACAACAGACACAAUGCGAUCAUACUAACUCACCCGGACUACCUUGUGUCACAUGCAAAGAGCAUUUCAGUAAAUUGUAAUGACGGUAUAGCAAAUAAUUUUGGCAAUAUGUAUAGCACAAAUUUUCUCUGACGGAAAGACGGACGGACACACAAAGCCUAAUGUAUACUCCGUACAACAAAGUGUCGGCAUAAUAAGUCAGACAUUAUCAUCAUUAUGACCAUGUUUUUUCCUACCGUACAUAACAUAAUCAAAUAAUGCUGAGAUGGUCCCCUUGAACUAGGUUACAACAGUAUUUUGUGAAUUCUCAUACAGAUUUUCAAGUAUAGUGGACGCAACUUGACCCGAUGGUUGACCUUUGCAUUAUAAUACAUAAUGAGGCACAAUCUAUUAUUGAAAAGGAGUGUACAUAUACAUUGAUACAGCACUGUAUACAAAAUAAUUGCAUAUAAAUAUACACGGCUACCCUAAACACCCUUGAUUUCUAUAAUGAAAUUAUCGAUAUGAAUAAUCAGCCUAAGGUCAACCAUCGCGGUCAAGUUGCGACUACUAUAGAUAUACUUUGACCUUCAAAAAUGACCUUUGGGCGAGUUCAUUAACUAAGGUGGAUCUGGUAUUCGGAUCAUCUCGGCUAAUGAUUUACGUAAGAAAUAGGUAUAUAAUGUAAGAAAUUAACCGAGUUGCACAGCGUAUUGGUUAGUGUGAUUGUCCCUGAUACAUGGCUUGCACGCAACCUGUGGGUUCGAACCCCGACAGAAUUUCUUUUUAUUGUAUUAUGAAUCAUAAUUCAAAAAGUACGUAUCAUAUUUUAUUGCCUGACUUUAAUAUUUACUGUUUUAAAUUAUUUUUUCUUCAUUUUUCCCAUUCGUUUUCUUUUUAUAUUUUUUUCUCUCAAAAUUUAUUUCAUAUCCGAAAAAAAAAAUCAUUUCACAAACAAUGUUAAUUCUCAGAUUCGCUGGCAGUGUCGCUUUCUGAAUCGUCCGCGGAAUCAUCAACAUUAAUAACGGCCUUCGUGAAAAAAGCUGGACACUGUACAAUGUAGUUAUCAGAAAAGAAAAAAAGUCUUACAUUUCCGGGGUUCGAACCCACACCUAAACCUAAAACAUUGUAUGGGACGUUCACUCUAACCUACUGCGCUAGUGAGAUAAGUUUAGUACGUACGAUUGGUUGGUGUCUUUUAUGUAUAAAAUAUGUAUUCAGUAAACUAUAGCAACUCUUUACUUGGAUUAGUUCAAUAUUAAAAGUACAUUUACGCCCGAAUGCACAAUGUAUAUCUAUAUACAAAAGCUUGGGCACAGCUAACUAGUAAAUGUGUAGCGAAUUGUAACAUUCUUACAUUAUUGAUAAAAUUAUAAACGAACAUUAUACGAUAUAAGUUGCAAUAAGGAUAGAAUGUCUUCAUCAAAGAUUGUUGUUUUUCUGUGCACGUGCUUUAUAAUUGUUGCUGUUUUGUAUGGAUAUCGGUAUUUGAGUUUGUAUACGAUAUCAGGAUCGUUUGGGGAAGAUCUUACUACAGUGAACAACACAAAACAUUCCACUAGUCGUAUUUCUACAAACCCAAGUGAUCCAAAGUUUUACAAUAUCUUACUGGAAGAGGAGGCUUUGCGGUAUGGUCCCUGUAUUAACGAAAGCUAUGCUGCGUCUGCUAAAAACAGCAAAGUUAUUAUAUCUGUAUCCACCAUAUAAGAUACUUCUCGGGAAGUUUACGAACGGACAAGAGUCUGAAACAACUACGUGUUAUCCAGACGAAUUUACCUUGAAGAAAAUUAUACAGACUAAACCGUACUGCCACAUGACAUUUAAAAAUUAUGACAUGUCGUACUUUUGCGGAAAACCACAAAAUCAACAUUUAAGUUGCCAGAACUGGAAAGCAGCAAGACUUCAACAAGCACGAAAAAUGCCAACAUCACUAUGUGAAAACUCUUUGAUAAAAAGAGGACAGCAGAAGUUGGAGCAGGUGGUUUAUAUCAAUGUUACUCGUAAGAAAACAGACAUGGGACUAUAUUUUAAGAAUGAGCCACUGAAACGAUGUUCGGACUACAACUUGUCACUCUUGUGGAAUACUGCUACACCUUCAGGGUUUUCUUUACAGAAUAAAUGGAUAUAUACGAGAUGUCAAUGUCUAAAUGAGAGCCUUUACAAGUCUUGCUUAACAAACAAGACAAUAUACUUGCUUGGAGACUCAACAUUACGACAGUGGUAUUAUAAUAUCAUCGAUAGGUUUAAAAGCGUUCCGAGUAAAAGAAAAGUAAUACAUACACAACUUUCAUAUAUUAAUAAGGGUUAUAAUACUCGAAUUAUUUGGAGUCCUCAUAGCAUGCCUAUAUUCCUGUCGUUCCAUUGGAGUUCUUUGCGUGAUACGUUAUAUUCUAUAUCUAGACGAAUUGACAAUAUACCGCAGGAAGAACAUGCUAUUGUUGUCUUUCAGAUAUAUAUGCACAUGUUGCGGUAUCAUCAUAGUGUCUUUCAACGAAGAAUGGAAAUCAUAAGAAACUCUGUAGAGAAAUGUUUGAAAAGAAAUAAGAACAUUGUAUUUAUGAUUAAAUCCCCGCAUACUUUUUCUGAACCUGUAUUUGGUAAUCCUACACUUGGUGAUUACCCGGGUAACGUAUUUAGUUAUAUCUUAUAUAAAGUAAUUCAGGGUUUGCACGACAAAGUUGUGUUACUCAAUAAUCGUGAUAUAUAUGACCUAUCAAAACAAGAACACACAUCCAUCUGAAAGGAUUGUUAACGCUAUGGUUAAUCAAAUGUUGUGUCAUGCAUGUAAUGAACGGCGUUGAUAGGCAAGACCAACGAUAGAGCUGAAUGUUAUGAUUAGGAGAGUAAAAGUACAUUAAAAGCAGAAACAGUUAUUUCCAGUUUAUCUCUAUAUUUCAACAGUUACUGUAGAAACCAACUUUUAACUUGCGCCAAACUUUGAAUGCGAAUGAAUAUCAAUCUUCCAUAAUUAUACACUGUCAUACAUUACAGGGGCGGUAAUCGCUGCUCGGAGUUAGUUUUAACAGCCGUGACAUUAUUUUCCUAUAAUACUAUUAUUGUCGUAAUUUUCAUGUUAGAAGUGUUUAUAAACAGAUUUUUUCUAUAUGUGAAAUUUACAUAUACAAAUGUAUAUUUAAAUUAUAAUUUUAAAUAAAUAAAUAAAUAAAUAAAUAAAGAUAUCACAAUGAGCAGAUUAGCAGAUACUUCCCAACCUGGGUAAAGCCAUAAUAUUAAAUCGAAGAUAACAUAUAAGUAUUUCAAUACAUAAGCAUUAGUUUUUAAAUAUUUACUGUUCGAAGGAUUGUUUCUAACUCUAAAAUAUUGCCACAGGUUUUCUCUGGGGUUCUAAUUACAUGAAAACUGUAAUUUAUUAGUAUCACUAAGUUUUCCAAAAGUUCUGUUAACAAUAAUUACCUACAUUAACAGCUCAUGUUACACAGAUUCGAUAGCGUUUGAACGUUAUGAACACGUGUCCCAUUACAUUCAGGUUGGUUUAAUAAUGCCAAGUUUCAAAUCUUAGUGGCACUACUCCGCAUGCAAAUGGAAUAUGAAAUAUAAUAUGGCUGCUAUCAAACUUAGUUGCCAUCAGCCUUCUUUGAACGGUUGCAAUCAAACUUCACAGUAUGUUUGUCAUCACACUUCAUAGAAUGAUUAGUAUUGUUAGCAUCAAACUUCGUGGAAUUGUUGCGAUGAAACUUCAUAGAAUGGUUGUUAUCAAACUUCAUAGUCUCGUUGUAAUCAAACAUCGAAUAGUGAUAACAAUAAAACGUCUUAGCACGGUUACCAUAAAACUUUAAAGCUUGACUGCCAUAAAACUUCAUCUCAUGAUUGCCAUAAAACGUCAUACAACGAUUGUCAUCAAACUUCAUAGAAUGUUUGUCAUC